AUUUGCAGUUCGAACAAAUUUCAUACAUAUUUUAUAGAUUAGUGAUACAGUAUGGCAAAAGAUCAGAGCCCCUCGCCAGAAACGAUACGCAAGAAGCUAAAGAAAGCAAAGAAGAAAGAAACAGAACUUUCAAAGGACGGAUCAGAUAGCGAGGCAACUUUUGCAAAGAAAAAGAAAAAGAAGGAACGAUACUACAGAAAGAAAGACGAGUCAGAUGAUCCAGAAUCGACAAAGGACAAGAAAUCAAAAAAGAAGAAAAGAGCAGAUUCUGGCUCUCCAGAAGACAAGAAAAGGAGGAAGUCCCCCAAACGUCCCUCUCCCUCCAGAUCUCCAAAGAGAAGGUCCAGAUCCCCAAAACGCAGAUCCAGAUCCCCACGAAGGUCUCCUCCUCGACGCAGGUCCCCCUCUCCAAGACGCAGGUCCCGCAGUCCUAUCAGACGGCCCUCGCCUCACAAACGCAAGCGGUCUAGGUCUCCUCGUCGCUCUAGGUCUCCUCGCCGCUCCAAAUCACCUAAAAGACGUUCGAAGGAGAGAAGGAAAGAGAGGAAGAGGAGUAAGGAAAGGCGAUCAAAAAGUAAAGAGAAACGAUCUGGAAGUAAAGAAAAACGGGCAAAAAGUAAGGAAAGGAAAAGCAAAUCUCCCGAGAAAAAGAGAGCCAAAGACAAAUCUCCUAAAAGGAAGUCCCGCAGUAAAUCAUCAGGCUCCUCGUCAGGAUCAGACUCUCCAACUCGCUCUAAACUUUUAGCCAAAAAAGUUGCAGAGCGCAAGAACGAAGCGGACAAAUUCCAGUCUGAAAUGGAGAAGGAGAUGGAGAAACGAAAGGAACGUAUUGAGGCAUGGAGAGCGGAAAGAAGAAAGAAGACUAACCCAGUGGACCCUGCAGUCGAAAUUAAGCCGACAACAAAGAUUUGGUCUCUUGAAGACGAUGAUGAAGAUGAGGAAACUGUGCCUAUACCUGACGAUCUUAAAGAUGAUGAAAUGAAGGAGGACAACCAAGAUGCAGACGAUGAGUCAGAGGUGGAUCCUUUGGAGGCUUUUAUGGAGGGUGUUUCCUGUGAGAUCAAAGCUGAGAACAAACAAACCAAUGUUGUCAAGAAAGUUAAGAAAUUGGUCAAGGGAAAAGAAGUAGAGGUUGCUGUCGCUAGUAAGGUUAUAAAGGAGUCUAAAAAGAAGGGCGACCUGCUGGCUAACGAUGCUGAAAUGAUGGAGUACUCUUCAGAAGACAUUUCAGAUGAUGAUUUGGACGAUAUGAACUACGCCGGAUACAAAAACAAAAGACGGAGGGAGUUGGAGGCAACAGAUCACACUACAAUGAACUACGAAGAAUUCCGGAAGAACUUUUACGUCGAAGUACCUGAGUUGGCCAGGAUAACGGAUGCUGAAUUAGCAGACAUCCACCUCUCGUUGGAUAACAUGCAAGUCAGAGGAAAGGGACCACCCAAACCCAUCAAGACAUGGAUACAAGCGGGAAUCAGUAUGAAAAUCCUCGGGAUUUUAAAGAAGAACGGAUGUAUGGAUCCAACACCAAUCCAGACAAUAGCACUGCCUUGCAUCAUGUCCGGGAGAGAUGUUAUCGGUAUAGCCAAAACAGGAAGUGGUAAAACCCUCUCCUUUCUACUACCCAUGUUCAGGCACAUCAUGGACCAGCGGCCUCUUGAAGCUGAAGAGGGCCCUAUAGCUAUGCUGAUGUGCCCAACCCGAGAGUUGGCUCUACAAACCUACAACGAAGCACGCAAGUUCACUAAAGCCCUGCGGCUACGUGUUGUGUGUGUGUACGGUGGUACUGGUAUCAGUGAACAGAUAGCGGAGUUGAAGCGAGGCUGUGAGAUUAUAGUCUGCACACCAGGCAGGAUGAUAGACAUGUUGACGGCCAACAGUGGCAAGGUUACCAACUGUAGACGGGUCACGUACUGCGUGUUCGAUGAGGCUGAUAGGAUGUUCGACAUGGGAUUUGAGCCUCAGGUAAAUAAGAUAAUGGGCUGUAUACGACCUGAUAGACAAGUUGUUAUGUUCUCCGCUACAUUUCCACGUCAGAUGGAAGCGCUGGCAAGGAAAAUACUCGUCAAACCUAUCGAGAUAACGACAGGUGGAAGGAGCAAGGUGUGUUCCGAAGUAGAUCAGAACAUUAUAGUAAUAGACGAGGAGGACAAGUUUAAUAAGCUCAUGGAGAUUCUGGGUCAUUUUGGGGAGGGUCAGAGCUUGAUUUUCGUUCAUACCCAGCAGAAGUGCGAUCUUAUCCUCAAGGACCUCAUGCAUGCUUCUUACAGUGUCAUGUCCCUUCAUGGAGGGAUGGAUCAGCACGACAGAGACAGUGUUAUCCAGGACUUCAAACAGGGUAAUAUCCGAGUACUGGUCGCAACGAGUGUCGCAGCGCGAGGACUCGACAUCAAGGCUCUUCGUCUGGUUGUGAACCUUGACUGUCCAAACCAUUACGAGGAUUAUGUACACAGGGUUGGGAGAACUGGUCGAGCUGGGAUGAAAGGAACCGCCUACACGUUCAUCCAGCCAGACCAGCCACGCUAUGCAGGUGACCUGAUUAACGCACUUGAAGUCAGUGAGGUUCGUGUUCCCUCUGACCUGGACAAGCUGUGGAAGGACUACGUGGCGGAGCAACAAGAGGCCGGACUCAAAGUGGAGAAGAACAAGGGAUUCAGUGGAAAAGGGUACAAGUUCAAUGAGGAGGAGGCCAUGAUGCACGACGAACGGAAACAGCUCCAGAAAUUCCAACUUGGUCUACAAGACUCGGAUGAAGAAGACCUUAUGACCCAGAAACAAGACGAGUUAGAGAACGCUAUAGAGGCUAUCAUGGGAGGCAAGAGAACCAACUUGGCUAUUUCGGACAAGGCAGCCAAUCCGACACCAGCUUUAAAGAUUGACAUCAGAAAAGGGAAAACUAUCGAGGAGAGGGUGGGUCACCUGCAGGGAGCCGAGAGAGCAGCAGCUAUCUGUACCUUGCUCGGAAAAGAGAAGAAACCUGACCCAGCAGAGUUGAAAGCAGCUGCUGCUGCUGCAGGAGCUGGGAUUCAGGGUCCUAGUCUGAUUGACCCCACCGCUCACGCUACCUCAGCUUUCAUGAAGGGAGAACGUGUCACUGCUGUUUCUGGUAAAGGUCUAGCUGCGCAGAUAGCGGCCAGUAUCAACGCUAAAAAGAACUUCACCAAAGCAAACGAGGAGGAUCUGCUUGUCAACCCAACUGUUGCUCCGCCAGCUAAGGUGGAGGAGGAGAUUGAGAUCAAUGACUUGCCUCAACAAGCUAGGUACCGGAUCACGAGUAAGGACGCUAUAGCCAGUAUACAGGAGUACAGCGAGUGUGCGCUCACCGUGCGGGGAACCUACUAUCCUCCCAAUAAAAACCCUCCAGAGGGAAUGAGAAAGUUGUUCAUUUGUAUUGAGGGAGCUAAAGAGCGCGCUAUCCAACUAGCUAAGAUGGAACUGAAGCGAAUGAUAAAAGAAGAGCUGAACAAAGCUCAGAUGUUCUCGUUUGGUAGUGGAGCAAGGACUGCUGGAGGAAGGUAUAGCGUGUUAUGAGGACAUUAUUAGGGCCACAAUCUUAUAGUCGUUCAUAUAUUUGUUGAGGUGGUUGCUUGACUUGUCAUCAUUAUUGAGCCCUGGCUUAUUCGACAUUUCUAUUACAGUAAGUUUUUAAAGAGGCCAGUGUUUAAAUCUUAAGAUCAAUGAGUUGAGACCUUGAGAGCUAUAUAAAGUCUGAAUUGUGAUAAGUAAGGUAUUUGACUGUUAGUCGCCCUGUUUGAGGCUAUUUUUUGGCGUUUUCCUGAAUUUUCACUUCUUUUAUCUUGACUUAAGAAUUGCUCAUUUCUGAACUGGCAAGAUCUACAAUGCUUCUGUGUUUAUUUUGGGUGUAGCCCGGAGUUUUUAUUCAGAUUUGAUUA